AAAACCUUUUCUUUUUUUACUUUUUCACCAAAUCUAAAAAAGGGGGAGAGAAGAGAAAGAGGGUAAAGAUAGGGUCGUGCGUGUCAAAAGGAGGUGCUGCACGUGAAGCCUCCUCCUCCUCACCACCAUUGAGGAGGCUCUCGUUGCAGCGCUUUAGCGGAAGCCUAACCUUCUCUUCAGCUCACGAACCGUCGGAUCAUCAUUCCGAUAACGGCGGCGGCGGUGCGGCGAAGAUGAAGGGUCUUUUCAAGUCCAAGCCUCGCACUCCUGCUGACAUCGUGCGUCAGACCCGUGAUCUCCUCCUCUACGCUGAUCGAUCCAAGUCCUUGCCUGACCUUCGUGAAUCCAAACGCGAAGAAAAGAUGGCGGAGCUAAGCAGGAACAUUCGUGAUAUGAAGUCUAUUCUCUAUGGAAACAGCGAGGCUGAGCCUGUUGCUGAGGCUUGUGCUCAAUUGACUCAAGAGUUCUUUAGAGAGGAUACUCUACGUCUCUUGAUCACUUGUCUCCCUAAGCUUAAUUUAGAGACUAGGAAAGAUGCUACACAGCUUGUUGCAAAUCUGCAGAGGCAGCAAGUGAAUUCAAGGUUGAUUGCUUCUGAUUAUCUGGAAGCUAACCUUGACCUCAUGAAUGUUUUGAUGGAAGGCUUUGAGAAUAUGGACUUGGCUUUGCAUUAUGGUGCUAUGUUUAGGGAGUGCAUCCGUCAUCAGAUUGUUGCCAAAUAUGUUUUGGAGUCGGAGCAUGUGAAGAAGUACUUCGAUUUUAUACAGCUUCCUAAUUUCGAUAUUGCUGCCGAUGCUGCUGCAACUUUUAAGGAACUGCUAACAAGGCAUAAGUCUACUGUUGCCGAGUUUCUCACCAAGAAUGAAGACUGGUUUUUCACAGACUACAACUCAAAGCUUCUUGAAUCAAGUAAUUAUAUAACCAGACGGCAAGCUAUUAAGCUGUUGGGUGAUAUAUUACUGGAUCGAUCAAAUUCAGCUGUGAUGACGAGAUAUGUGAGCUCAAGGGAUAACUUGAGGAUUCUCAUGAAUCUUCUGAGGGAGGCAAGCAAGAGCAUACAAAUAGAAGCCUUUCAUGUUUUCAAGCUAUUUGCAGCGAAUCAAAACAAGCCUGCUGAUAUAAUCAACAUUCUGGUAGCAAACAAAAGCAAGCUUCUGAGAUUGUUGGCUGAUUUGAAACCAGACAAAGAGGACGAAAGGUUUGAAGCAGAUAAAAGUCAGGUCUUGAGAGAAAUUGCAGCCCUUGAGCCGCGAGAUCUUGCUUGAGAACCAACCAACAGAUAUCUCUUCCUUCUUUCCCUUUUUAAAGACAUUUUUGAAACAUCAAAAGGUUGUUGUUUUCUUUAUUAGGUAAAACAUUUCUUUAAUUUCUCUUACAUUCUCAGUAGACAAUAUAUUCAUUUGAUUAUGAAAUCACUUUUCACUGUCGAUGAGAAAAUGGUUUUGUU